AUGAUCUCGCUGAUGCCUCCCGAAUCGGCCAAUUCAUCGCCAGGUGAGCCUUCGCCAGAGGGCCGUGGGCGUGAGCCGGACUUCACUGACAAGACAGGCGCGAACUACUGGUAUGGCGGCAGUCUGCCAAACGGCCUCUCCAACAGCCUCGACGCCGACCCUUCAAAUCCGCGGAUGCUGCGGCGAGCUUCAGAAGCCCCAACCUGUAAUCUCGGGAAGCCGAAGAACCUCGAGGGAGCCUGUCUUAUACGUAAACGGUCCCGCAAUACCUUGGAAACUUUGCAACGGGAAGCCGGCAUCGCACCCUUGCAAACGUGGCUGUCAGCCUCCGCGGAAUGA